ACCGACUUUUAGACCGGACAACUACAAUUAUAUAAAGCAAGGAUAUUGUUCAACUCUUUCCGGAUUGCAAAUCAAGAUGAACUCCCUUCUGGUUCAAUCUUUGAUUACCUUCUUUGUGAUCACUUCCUUUUUCUUCUCAAUCAACCUUCCUUUUACUCUUUGUGCCGAUCAUUUUCAAUAUGCCAACUGCAGCCAGGCCAUCAAGUGUGGCAACAUCCCAAACAUCUCGUACCCCUUUUGGGGAGUGAACCGAGCUGAUUACUGUGGCCAACCCUCCUGCGAAGUCGAAUGCCAAGACAAUAUCCCAGUGAUCAAUAUCUCCGAUGUCAAAUACAGAAUUCUUGAGAUGAGCUCUAGUAGUACAAAUCGGAUGGUUAAAGUUGCUAGGGAUGAUUAUUGGGAAACUCUCUGUCCCCCAAGUUAUAUUAAUGACUCGAUCAUAGACCCCUGGCUUUAUGAUGAUUUCAACUCUCGAAACCUGUCCCUUUACUACGACUGCAACCCUGCGGCUUUUGAAACCUACACAGGGUUAGAUUAUUCGAGCAAUUCACAGGUUUGCAGUAAUAAAGUCACUGUCUCCUUUACCACAAAAAAUCUCAAUUCUGCUAUCGAUGUAGUUUCUGCGGGCGUCUGUAAAGAUAUGGUUAACCUUACGGUAUUUGAGACAGCUUUUAUUGCUCUGGAGAAGAACUCAACAAAGAUCCAAGAUGCGAUAAAAGGCGGUUUUGAAUUGGGAUUAGGGAUUGAUACUGGUCCAUGCGACAGUUGUGAGGCAUCGGGAGGGAAGUGCGGGGUUAGCCAUGGUGAAUUUAUGUGCUUUUGUCAAGACCAGCCCGUUAGUACAAACUGUAGUAGUUCAUCAGUUUCUCCAAGUUCACUUUCACCUGGUCCUGUCGCAGGUUCUCCAAGUUCACUUUCACCUGGUCUUGUCGCAGAUUCUCCAAGUUCAUUUUCACCUGGUCCUGUCGCAGAUUCUCCAAGUUCACGUUCACCUGGUCCUAUCGCAGGUUCUCCAAGUUCACUCUCACCUGGUCCUAUCGCAGGUUCUCCAAGUUCACAUUCACCUGGUCUUGUCGCAGGCAUUUCGGCUGGUGUGGCUGGGACAAUCUUAGUUGUUGUCAGUAUUAUGUACAAAUCAAGAAAAAGAAUGGGCCUCUACAAGAAUUUUACGAGGGAUGAGUUUGACAUCGAGGAAUUCAUAAGGAAUAAUGGAUCGCUUACCCCUCAGCGGUAUACUUAUUCAAAGGUGAAGAAAAUGACAAAUGCAUUCAAAGAUAAAAUAGGGAAAGGAGGAUAUGGCACUGUAUACAAAGGAGUUCAACCUGAUGGCCUUGUCGUGGCAGUGAAAGUCCUAAGCGAAUCCAAAGGUAAUGGAGAAGAAUUUAUAAAUGAAGUUGCUAGCAUUGGUAGAACUUCCCAUGUCAAUAUAGUCACUCUUUUGGGAUUCUGUUACGAAAGGGAUAAAAGAGCUCUGAUUUAUGAGUACAUGCCUAAUGGAUCUCUGGAUAACUUCAUACAUAAACAAGGAUCUGACGUUAAUGCAAAUUGCCGCUUGGAAUGGAAAACAUUAUCUGAAAUUGCAGUUGGCAUUGCUCGGGGUCUAGAGUACUUGCACCGUGGUUGUAACACAAGAAUUUUGCAUUUUGACAUAAAGCCGCAGAACAUUCUUUUGGACAAAGAUUUUUGUCCAAAAGUAUCUGAUUUCGGCCUUGCCAAGCUAUGCAAAACGAAGGAAAGUAUUGUAUCGAUGAUGGGAAUGAGAGGAACUGCAGGAUAUAUUGCACCAGAAGUAUUUAGUCGAAACUUUGGAGGAGUCUCUCACAAAUCUGAUGUUUAUAGCUAUGGAAUGUUGGUUCUUGAAAUGGUUGGGGCAAGAAAGAAUGUGGAUUCCGGAGUAUCUCAUACUAGUGAAAUGUUUCCACAUUACAUUUAUAAAGAUCUAGAGCUAGAAAAUGAUGGAAGUAUUUUGGGGGAUCUAUCAGAGGAGGAAAACAAAAUAGUAAGAAAGAUGAUAUUAAUGAGUCUAUGGUGCAUUCAGACAAGUCCAUCUGAUCGGCCAUCAAUGAGCAAAGUGGUAGAGAUGCUAGAAGGUCCCCUUCAUUCUUUGCCCAUUCCACCGAAGCCUUACUUGUUUCACACUGCAAGGUUUGCAGAGGAAUCUGCGACCACAUCUCAACCAUCUGAAACAGGCUAGCCUGAGUUGUGAAAUUGUGAUGGCCUGACGGGUACACAACAUGCAGAAGGUUUUCUAGAAAGAAAAACUUGCAUACUGUGUGAUGAGUUUGAAAUUCGUUGAAUUGUCACUGCCAAAGAUGCAUCAUUUCAUCUUGGGGUUCUUGGCAAAUUAGACUUGUUUUACUACAAGUGAUGAUAACCAGAAAUUAUCUCACCACAUUGUAAAAAAAUUGUAAAAAAACGAAAAGUAUACGUAUGUUGUAGUAUAUAUGAUUCACAUGUACAAAACAUGAGUCAUAGUAUAAAUGUCUAUAUCAUGUAUACAAAUAGGUACUUGAGUGUAUAAUGUAGGUAUUGUGACUUGUGUGACAAGCUUUAUGCCAAAGGGCAACAAGCAUGGCAUUUUAUCAUCAUCACAGCCACCAUAGAAGGCUGCAGCUGUGAAUGUAGAGGUUAUCAAAUUGAGUUACUCUUUGAGCUUUCACACUUGUAAUAUUUUCCUAUAAAUACCUCUUUGUGUGAGAUGAAUAAACACACUUGAAUCUCUAUUCUCACAGAAACAUUACUCUCUCUCUCUGUUUAUCAUUUCAUACUUGUCCUCAAACACGUUAUCAGCACGAAAUUGCUCUAGAAUCAGAAUCGAAAUUGAAAAGAGGAGAGGUAGUUCAUAAUCCGAUCGAAGUCAUUUUUUCAAACUUGCAAAAAACCUCCAAACCCUAGCUCAUAUCAAAGCCCUUGAUUCAAGAAGCUCAGAACCGGUUUCAGAACCUCCAGAACCGGCCGGAAACAGCCAGAACCGGCCAACGGAAAAUUUGGACCGCUGCCGAACCGCUGUCGAAGCCCUGCCGAGUCCUGCCGAUAUCUGCCGAAAGCUGUCGAGCGCAUCUGCCGAAAGCUGCCGAGCGCAUCUGCCGAAAGCUGCCGAGCGCUCCUGCCGAGUCCUGUCGACAGCACCUGCCGAAGGCCUGCCUAGCAGCU